UGCGCGCAUGCGCGUGCCACCCGGCAGUGAAACUCGCUUAUUCACACAGGUGAAUAACAUCAAAACAGACACAGAGCGUCCCGAUAUCAGAGAUCAGAAAUGGGCAAAGGUGGCGGAACGUUUGAGAGACUGUUGGAUAAGGCUACCAGUCAGCUGCUGCUGGAGACAGACUGGGAGUCCAUUUUGCAGAUAUGUGACCUCAUUCGGCAAGGCGACACGCAGGCUAAAUAUGCAAUUGGUGCCAUCAAGAAAAAACUCAAUGACAAAAAUCCACAUGUAGCGCUCUAUGGUCUUGAGGUCCUGGAGUCAGUGGUGAAGAACUGUGGCCAGACGAUUCAUGAUGAAGUGGCCAGUAAGCAGACAAUGGAAGAGCUGAAGGAGCUGUUCAAGAAACAACCCGAACUGAACGUGAAGAACAAGAUCCUUUAUCUGAUCCAGGCCUGGGCCCACGCCUUCCGCAACGAGCCCAAGUACAAAGUCAUCCAGGACACCUAUCAGAUCCUGAAGGUGGAAGGUCAUGUCUUCCCAGAAUUCAAGGAGAGUGAUGCCAUGUUUGCAGCGGAAAGGGCCCCUGAUUGGGUGGAUGCAGAGGACUGUCACAGAUGUAGGGUUCAGUUUGGUGUUAUGACCCGAAAGCACCACUGCAGGGCAUGUGGGCAGAUUUUCUGUGGGAAGUGCUCUUCUAAGUACUCUACCAUUCCCAAGUUUGGCAUUGAGAAGGAGGUGCGUGUGUGUGAGCCCUGCUUCGAGCUUCUCAACAAGAAAGCUGAAGGGAAGGCCACCAGCGCUGGACAGCCCGAGCUUCCCCCUGAGUACCUGACCAGCCCUUUGUCCCAGCAGUCUCAGGUAGUGCCCACAGAAUCAGUAAGUAGUUGCCUGGCCCGUUACCUAAAUAGAACUUACUGGGAGAAGAAACAGGAAGAGGUUCGCAAGAGUCCCACCCCCUCUGCUCCUGCUCCAGUUUCACUGGCUGAGCCUGUGCCAAUCAGCCAACCAGUGGAAAGCCACGCUUCAGUCCAACCCAUCAACAUAGUAGAGCAGCAAUAUCAGAAUGGAGAAUCUGAGGAGAACCAUGUGCAGUUCCUGAAGGCCUUGCAGAACGCCGUCACCACCUUCCUUAACCGCAUGAAGAGCAACCACAUGCGCGGCCGCAGCAUCACCAAUGACAGCGCUGUGCUCUCUCUCUUUCAGUCCAUCAACAACAUGCACCCACAGCUGCUGGAAAUACUCAACCAGCUGGAUGAAAAGAGACUGUACUAUGAGGGACUUCAGGACAAACUGGCGCAGGUGCGUGACGCGCGGGCAGCACUGAACGCUCUGAGAGAUGAGCACAGGGAGAAACUGAGACGGGCUGCCGAGGAGGCAGAGAGACAGAGACAAAUCCAACUCGCCCAGAAACUAGAGAUCAUGAGGCAGAAAAAACAGGAGUACUUGGAGAUGCAAAGGCAGCUCGCAAUCCAGCGCCUGCAGGAGCAGGAGAAGGAGAGACAGAUGCGCCUGGAGCAGCAGAAACACACCAUUCAGAUGAGAGCACAGAUGCCUGUGUUCUCCCUGCCUUAUGCACAGAUGCAGUCACUGCCUCCUAAUGUGGCAGGAGGGGGGGUGUAUCCCCCCACUGGCCCUCCCAGCUAUCCUGGCACCUUCAGUCCUGCUGGCUCAGUGGAGGGGUCGCCCAUGCAUGGAGUCUACAUGAACCAGCACGGACAGACUGCUGCCGGUGGCCCGUACCAGGCCAUGCCUGUGUCAGCUACAGAUCCCAACAUGGUGAAUGCUUACAUGUAUCAGACUGCAGGCACCAGUGGGCAGCCAUCCGCCCCAGGACAAGCCCCUCCCACAACCACCCCUGCCUACACUAACUACCAGCCCACACCCACACAGGGCUACCAGAACGUGGUCUCUCAAGCUCAGAGUUUGCCCCCUAUGUCCCAGGCUGCCCCCACCAACGGUAUUGCCUACAUGGGCUACCAGCCAUACAACAUGCAGAAUAUGAUGACCGCUCUUCCAGGACAAGACCCCAACAUGCCUCCCCAACAGCCCUACAUGCCUGGGCAACAGCCUAUGUACCAGCAGAUGGCUCCCCCCGGCGGUCCACAGCAGCAAUCACAACAGCAGCUGGCGCAGGGUCCACCUGGCAGUGCAGAGGCUCAGCUCAUUUCAUUUGACUGAUCAUAGCUCAUCAUAUGCCAUUACCCACCAGGUCCAGCACACUACAUUCAACCCUCCCUUACCCUGCUGUUUCUGCACCUGCUCUCACUUCACUAUGUUCCACAAAUAUUGAAGGUGUACAAAUAUUGUAAAAGCAUAUGGCUGUCUGAGUCUCCCUCCUCUCCCUGUCUCUUUAAAUGAAGGAGGAGAGGCUACAGAUGGAGCUGGUGGGGAGCCUUUAUCUCUUAAUUUGAUGAAUCUCACAAAACUCUCUAGAUCAUAUUUUACCCGUGAAACAAAAAAAGAACCAACUUUUCUUUUUUUUUUCUUUUUUUUGCUUAAAGAAAAUGAAACCUGUUUUAGACCAUUAAAUUUUUUUGUGACAAAUUAUGACGGUUAAAUGUGUUUCCUUGCUCUGUUCUCAUUAUUGUAAUGCAAAAAAUUGUCAUUAAACUGUAAAGUAGUUACAUGGUAAUAUUUGUUGUACUGAUCCUGAUAUCUUUAUCCUGAUAUCUUGAUUUAAAAAUGACUGUGUAUUAGUAAUGAGAUUCCCCAUUGACAAUUAUGAGAAUUACCAAGAACAACAUCAAGUUAUCUUAUGAGAGUUUUGGUGAAAAUAUGCUUUGACGAUGCAAUGGUCCUAGAAUAAAAUGCCUUUUCUUGUGUUUAUGGAAAUGUAUAAAGCCCAUUUCUGCAACAUAAGAUAGUCAUACUUUGGUAAAUCAUAAGUCAUAAUUGAGACAGUAUUUCUAUUGUCUUGUAAUUGAUGUCAUAAUUUCAAUUUAUUUCUGUAUCAUAAUUAUCGCUUAGUAUCUCAAAUCAAAAUUGACAUUGUAAGUCAUAAUUACAAGAUAAAAAGUCAGCAUUUUGAGAAUAAGUUUUGAUUUGUCAUAAUUGACUUAGUAUCUCAUAAUUUUGACUUUGUAUGAGAUACUAAGUCAGAAUUAUGAUAAAUGUCUACUUUAAUCUCCAAUUUCUAAUUCAAUCUCUGCUAUCAAUCUCAAUUAUGACGGAUCUCAUAGUUUAGAUA